UAAAGCCAUGCAAUAAAUCCGGUAAUACACUAGUGUAAUAAAUAUGCAAAUGAGGCAUAUGCGGGGCCGAAUCACUUUAUUUAUGUAUUCAUACGCGCUGUCAAAAAAGUAAAUAAACAUGGCGGACCGUCCGUUAACGGUGGGUGAUUUCGUUCAGAUUGAUGGCAAAGGUGGUGGCCAGAUCACUGAAAAAGUACAAAGAGGUUUUGGGACAUUUUUCAUGGUCAAACUAUGCAAUACUGAAUUCGAGUUUGAAAUAGAACCUGAAAGACUGAAACGUGUGGACUGUCCGGCGCCGGACAAAGUGACCGUGCAGACGACAACUACUCAGCCUACUGUCAAAGCUAAUACCUCCAGAUUCCAGCACGUAAAUAGUGAUGACAUUAACACAUUUAUAGAUCAGCAGUCAAAUAAAAACACUCUGACCAAAACAAUGAAUGAUCUUAAAUUGCUGAAUUCCUUUUUUAAUGAACCCGCGGUUGGAGAGACAAGGUUGCUCCAUGAAAUCCCUGUCAGUGAACUCGCACCACUACUAAGCCGUUUUCUCCUGAGUGUGAAAAAGUCAAACAGCGAGGACUAUGAACCAGGUAGUCUCAGGGGAAUGGUAUCAAGCUUCGACCGACAGCUACGCAGGUACAAUUAUGGAGAGUACAUUGCCACUGGACCUGGAUUUGCUCAGGUACGAGAAGUUCUGAAGAGCAAACAAAAGCAACUUAAGCGAGAUGGCAAAGGAAACCUACCACGCAAGAGUGAGGCCAUCUCUGACGAAGAAUUAUCUGUGUUAUGGGAAAGCAAGCAAAUGGGUGCAAGUACUCCCGAUAGUAUCUUACAAACUCUCUGGUUUUAUAAUACUGUGCAUUUUGGCUUAAGGGGAUGUGCUGAACAUCGUGACAUGUGUUGGGGUGACAUUAAUUUGAAAGAAGAUGAAAAUGGCAAUGAAUAUCUUGAAUUUACUGAGAGACAAACUAAAACCAGAACAGGUGAAAAUCCCAGAGAUGUUCGUACAGUAAGGCCGAAAAUAUGGUGUAACGUUGCAAAUCCUGAGAGAUGCCCUGUCCAAAUAUACAAAUUAUAUGCCAAGAAACGCCCCAGUGGUUACUCUGAACCAACCCAUCCAUUCUACAUAGCUUCAACAACAAAACCCUUACCUUGUGAUGAAGACACCUGGUUCAAACGUAAUCCUGUUGGUAUUAACAAAUUGCAAUCAAUGAUGAAACGUAUGGUUCAGAGCUCAGGAAUUAACACUGAUAAACGGCUGUCAAAUCACAGUGCACGCAAAUACCUUGUUCAAAAACUAAACAAUAACAAUGUUCCAGCAAAUCACAUAAUGCAAAUUUCUGGUCACAAAAACAUAUCUUCUAUUAAUAACUACAGUCACAUCAAUGACAAUCAGCACAAAGAAAUAUCCAAAAUCCUGUAUUCAUCCAGCAGCACUGCACAUCCAAAUCCUGAUACUGAUAAAGCAAACUACACAGCAUAUCCACUUAAUCAGGUCAACACAUAUUCGACACCAAGCGUGGCAACUUCGAUGCAUUCAAAUUCCACCUCAAAUAUAAAUCUGACCGGUGGAUUUCAAAGUCUGUUUGCUGGUCCAAUCCAUGGUGGUACGUUUAAUGUGUACAUUAACCACGCUAACAACGUUUCUCCACCUAAUCCACCAAGAAAACGUCUAAGAAUUAUUGAAAGCGAUAGCGAUUCACAGUGACAUGUACUUUAAAUCGCACGCGCUGUGUAAACUUAUAGUGUGACGUCAUUUGCCAGGCCACAUGUAUUUGUAAUUGUUAAAAAGACUGAUUAUAAUAAUCUAAAAGUGUUAAAAAUUGAAUUGAAGCACAUGAUAUAUUGUGAUAGUUUUAGAAGUGUUUUCAAAGUAAGAAAAAUAAACGUAUUGAUGUUUAGCGUUGCACUAUUUUCUUGGCUCAUUAAGUAGAAACCGCAUUACUCCUUUGGCUUUUAUUUGUUAAAGGGGAAGUGUGAUCAUUCUUGACACACUUUUACUGCGUAUAUGGUUUAUGUGAUAAAAAGAAUCUUACAUUCGUGUCUUUCCAUAUUGAAUUUA